AUGUGGGUAUUUGGAAGAAAUACCCAUCCAACUGUUGUUCCUGAUGUAGAGAAAAAAAGCUUCAAACAAGGAAGAUUUAGAGGAAAUUUACUUGCUGCUACAGGAAAAGAUGGAAAUCAAGGGUUCUUUCCUGUUUGUUUUGCAGUUGUUGGCUCAGAGAAUCAAGAUAAUUGGCACUGGUUUUUGGAGCAUUUGAGUAGAAUUGUUUCACCAGAACGAAAUGUUACAUUUGUGUCAAAUCGUAACCUUGGAUUAGUUGAAGUGUUGCCAAAGGUUUUCCCAAUGGCUUUCCAUGCUUAUUGUUUAUAUCAUUUGAAGAUGAACUUGUGGCAUCAUUUGCGUGGUAUGUUUCGUAGAUUGAAAGAAAAGUUGAUAACUUUGUUUGGGAAAUGUGCAUAUGCUCCAACUGAAAAAAUAUUUCAUCAAUGUUUGGUUGAGUUAAAGAUUGAAGAUGGGUUAAGAGUUGAGAAGUUUUUAGAUGACAUACCAUAUGAUCAUUGGAGUAAUGCAUACUUUCGAGGGCAACGCUUUGGAGAGAUGUGGUCAAAUGUAGCUGAAUCUUUCAAUUCGUGGAUACGAGAGGAACGCCACUUGCCUAUCAUAAAGUUGAUUGAUAGUGUAAGAAUUAAGUUGAUGAGGAAAAUUGCUAAGAGGAGGGAACUUGUCAAUAAAUGGAAUGGUUUGAUUUGUCCUAAAAUGGAGUCCAAGUUGCAUGAUGGUUUUAAUACUUCGAGGCCAUGGAUUGUUAGUUCAUCUGGAAAUGAUGUCUAUGAGGUGCAUUCACAUCCAUCUAUUUCAGUUGACAUUAGUAAACGAAUAUGUUCUUAUGGCGAGUGGCAGUUGAAAGGGUUUCCAUGUGCACAUGCAGCUGAUUGUAAUGUUGAUGGUGAUAGUGAAGUUGUUCUUCCUCCAUUGUCUAAGAAGCAACCAGGAAGGCCAAAUAAGAAGAGGAUUCGUUCAAAUGGUGAGAAAAUGAGGCAAAUUACUUGUAGUAGAUGUGAGAAGAUUGGCAAUCACAAUAAGAAAUCGUGUAAGGAGGCUUUGUGA